CUCUGGCUUCGGCCCGCCCUCCAGUUCCGGAUAACCUGACAUCUGAACUCGGGAAAAUACGCUUUCGGAUUACGCCCUCGAGCGACCCAUCAUCUUUUGCGCACGGGAAAGACCUCUUGAUGCCGAACGGUCUUACAUGGCACACGGUUCCUCGUGCCCCAUACAAUUAUCGGAAUGGUCGUCCUUCAUUUCUGUGGAAGCUGCUUCUACGUGACGGUCUCGUGUCAGACUCUAUCACGUACAAGCACAAGCAGCGACAUUCGAGUGACGACUUGACACGAUUUGGCCAGCCUUUCCCUGUCAAGUUCGCGGGCCUAAGGUUCACUCAUACUGUACGUUUGGGCGAUAUGGGUCAGGAGUCUACCGCAAAGGAGACGGCACAAUUAAAUAUCAGGAAUCCGUUGCGUCCUUUACUUGCCACUGGCGUCGAAGGCCCCAGCCUUUACAGUGGGUCUGCGCUCUGCUGUUUCGAAAAGUUCGUCGACCUCCACCAUCCCUCAAAACGGAGCGUGGUGAUCAGAGUCCUGAAGAUACUUGAACCGGCCAAGGCACUAGGGCAAUUGUCCUCGAAGCGAAAGACCAUGCCAGAUGCGCCAAUCGAGGGCGAGCUCUUGCCUGCUACCAGUUCACGUCACAAGUGGAUAUAUUCUUUGGACGACGCAGCGGAUAGGAAGUCGAAGGGUGGGACUGCCCGCGGAAUUGAGAUUUUGUUCGAAAAUGAGAUGCUGGAGCAAAAGAGGAUUCUCGAAUGAGGAAGAUCUGCGCUGGAGACGACGGCAUGGAUAGAUUUUCUCGCGCCAUGGGGAGGUCCAUUUUGGUGCUAACAUUGCUCCGGAGAGGCAAACCAGUCCUGUUCAUUUAUGUGUAAAGAACGGAAAU